AUGCGUGAUGCCACGCAGCGCCUUUCCUUUGUGCCGGUGACACGGCUUUCUCCCAGGGCCCUGAAGGGUGUGAGCUGGGAGGAGGGACAUCCCAUGAAUGUCCCAGGGAACCAGCGUGCUCCCUUGCCUUUCUCUUUGGGGGUGUUUCUCUGGGACUUCUCUCUGCUUCCAGGGUCCUGUGUUUUCUGGGUGUCCCCCCCUGAGGUUCGUACCCAGGAGGGUGCCACUUCCUUCCGGCCCUGCUUCAGUGCCAGCCAAGGUGGCUGUGGUUCUGUCACGUGGUAGCAGGACAAGGUGGUCCCAGGGAAGGAGGUACAGAAUGGGACAUCAGAGUUCCGGGGCCGCUUGGCUCCUCUGGCCUCUUGCCGCUUCCUGCAUGACCACAGGCUGAGCCACACAUCUGGGACCCAGACAUCUCCCCCGGCCCUUUACCAACUCCUUCCUCUCCACUGCAGGACCCCUAGGCUAGCAGCCAGCACAGUCCUCCUCCUGUGGGAGACCUUCUGUGCCUUCCGCUUUCUCUCUGUGGCCUUGGGCAGCGCCAUUUAUUACCAGGGCAAAGAUGCCCCGAUGUGCUUCUCCCUGGGUUCUCCCAACGCAACUCUCCGUAUCAGUUCUGACCUGGCAAGGCCCAGGGAGGGCACUUCCUAA